CAGUGUCACUUUUGGGUACAUUGGGGUGCCUCACAUUGCCAGAUAAGAGCUCAGGCCUGAGGAGAGCGACCAGCUUCUGUGUGUUCCAGGUGGCCAGCCUCCACGUGGAAGUUCAUGGACUCCAUUGGGUCUGAAGGGUUGCAGCAGGGGGAAGAAGCCCUGAGUUGCCCUGAGGAGGGCUUGCCCCAGCCCUCAGACAGCUCAGAGCUGGUACAGGACUGCCUGCAGCAGUUCAAGGUGACAGUAGCACAGCUGCAGCAGAUCCAAGCCAGCCUCUUGCGUUCCAUGGAGCAGGCACUGAGGGGACAGGCCAGCCCUGUCCCUGCGGUCCGGAUGCUGCCUACAUAUGUGGGGUCCACCCCACAUGGCACUGAGCAAGGAGACUUCGUGGUGCUGGAGUUGGGGGCCACAGGGGCCUCACUGCGUGUUUUGUGGGUGACUCUAACUGGCAUUGGGGGGCAUAGGGUGGAGCCCAGGAGCCAGGAGUUUGUGAUACCCCAAGACGUGAUGCUGGGUGCGGGCCAGCAGCUCUUUGACUUUGCUGCCCGCUGCCUGUCUGAGUUCCUGGAUGCUCAGCCUGUGAGCAAACAAGGUCUGCAGCUUGGCUUCAGCUUCUCUUUCCCUUGUCACCAGACGGGCUUGGACAGGAGCACCCUCAUUUCCUGGACAAAAGGUUUUAGGUGCAGUGGUGUAGAAGGCGAGGAUGUGGUCCAGCUGCUGAGAGAUGCCAUUCAGAGGCAGGGGGCCUACAACAUCGACGUGGUUGCCGUGGUGAACGACACAGUGGGCACCAUGAUGGGCUGUGAGCUGGGGGCCAGGCCGUGUGAGGUUGGGCUUGUCGUAGACACGGGCACCAACGUGUGUUACAUGGAGGAGGCGCGGGACGUGGCGGUGCUGGAUGAAGACCGGGGCCGUGUCUGCGUCAGCGUUGAGUGGGGCUCCUUCAGCGAUGAUGGGGCCCUGGGGCCAGUGCUGACCACCUUCGACCACACCCUGGACCAUGAGUCCCUGAAUCCUGGUGCUCAGAGGUUUGAGAAGAUGAUUGGGGGCCUGUACCUGGGUGAGCUGGUGCGGCUGGUGCUGGCUCACUUGACCCAACGUGGGGUCCUCUUCCGUGGCUGCCCCUCACCUGCCCUGCUGAGCCAAGGCAGCAUCCUCCUGGAGCACGUGGCUGAGAUGGAGGACCCCUCUGCCGGGGCAGCCCGUGUCCACGCUAUCCUGCAGGACUUGGGCCUGAGCCCUGAGGCUUCGGAUGUUGAGCUCGUGCAGCGUGUGUGUGCGGCCGUGUGCACGCGGGCUGCCCAGCUCUGUGCUGCCGCCCUGGCCGCUGUUCUCUCCCGCCUCCAGCACAGCCGUGAGCAACAAACACUCCAGGUCGCUGUGGCCACUGGAGGCCGAGUGUGUGAGCGGCACCCCAGGUUUUGCAGCAUUCUGCAGGGGACAGUGAUGCUCCUGGCCCCGGAGUGCAAUGUCUCCUUCAUCCCCUCCGUGGAUGGGGGUGGCCAGGGAGUAGCGAUGGUGACUGCCGUAGCUGCUCGCCUGGCUGCCCAUCGGCGCCUGCUGGAAGAGACCCUGGCCCCUUUCCGGUUGAACCACGAUCAACUGGCAGCAGUUCAGGCACAGAUGCGGAAGGCCAUGGCCAAGGGGCUCCGAGGGGAGUCCUCCUCCCUCCGCAUGCUGCCCACGUAUGUCCGGGCCACACCUGAUGGCAGCGAGCGAGGAGAUUUCCUGGCUCUGGACCUUGGAGGCACAAACUUCCGUGUCCUCCUGGUACGUGUGACCACGUCUGUGCAGAUCACCAGUCAGAUCUACUCCAUCCCUGAGAGUGUAGCCCAGGGCUCUGGGCAGCAGCUCUUUGACCACAUUGUGGACUGCAUCGUGGACUUCCAGCAGAAGCAGGGCCUGAGUGGGCAGAGCCUUCCCCUGGGUUUUACCUUCUCCUUCCCGUGUAGGCAGCUUGGCCUGGAUCAGGGCAUCCUCCUGAACUGGACCAAGGGUUUCAACGCAUCAGACUGCGAGGGCCAAGAUGUCGUGAGUCUGUUGCGGGAAGCCAUCAAGCGCAGACAGGCAGUGGAGCUGAAUGUGGUUGCCAUUGUCAAUGACACGGUGGGGACCAUGAUGUCCUGUGGCUAUGAGGACCCCCGUUGCGAGAUAGGCCUCAUUGUCGGAACUGGCACCAAUGCCUGCUACAUGGAGGAGCUCCGGAAUGUGGCGGGCGUGCCCGGGGACUCAGGCCACAUGUGCAUCAACAUGGAGUGGGGUGCCUUUGGGGAUGAUGGCUCUCUGGACACGCUCAGCACCUGCUUUGAUGCAAGUGUGGACCAGGCGUCCAUCAACCCUGGCAAGCAGAGGUUUGAAAAGAUGAUCAGCGGCAUGUAUCUGGGGGAGAUCGUCCGCCACAUCCUAUUGCAUUUAACCAGCCUUGGCGUUCUUUUCCGGGGCCAGCAGACCCAGCGCCUUCAGACCAGGGACAUCUUCAAGACCAAGUUCCUCUCUGAGAUCGAAAGCGACAGCCUGGCCCUGCGGCAGGUCCGAGCCAUCCUAGAGGAGCUGGGGCUGCCCCUGACCUCAGACGACGCCCUGAUGGUGCUAGAGGUCUGCCAGGCCGUGUCCCAGCGGGCUGCCCAGCUCUGUGGGGCAGGUGUAGCUGCCGUGGUGGAGAAAAUCCGGGAGAACCGGGGCCUGGAAGAGCUGGCGGUGUCCGUGGGGGUGGAUGGCACACUCUACAAGCUGCACCCGCACUUCUCCAGCCUGGUGGCGGCCACAGUGCGGGAGCUGGCCCCUUGCUGCGCAGUCACGUUCCUGCAGUCAGAGGAUGGGUCCGGCAAAGGUGCGGCUUUGGUCACUGCCGUUGCCUGCCGCCUAGCACAGUCGACUCGUGUCUGAGGAAGUCUCCAGGCUGAGGAGGUCUCAGCCCAGCCUUGCAGGACCCGGGCUGGAAUCCGCCUGUCUCCCAGCCAGGCCCAGCCACCCAGACUCCCAGGACAUCCCACGUGUGACCCCUCUGUGGCCAUUUGGCCUUGCUCCCUGGCUUUCCCCGAGAGAAGCAGCACUCAGGUUAGCAAUAUAUAUAUAUAAUUUAUUUACA